AUGGAUGCCAUCAUCCGCGACCUGCACCACCACCAUGUGGCGCGGCUUCUCCACCUGGUGCCGCACCUUCAUAGUGCCUUCCUGGAUAACUCUUUCUUGCUUCCGCUAUUCUUCUCGUGUGUGAGCUCCACAGCCAAGCAGCACGCAAGGCUGCUUCUGUUAUGCUUGCAGCGUCGCUUUGGGCAUUUGUGCCCGCCUGAGGUGCAUCUUUACGUUCUCUCCUUCUUGUCGUUCCCUGAAUUUGCCACUGCGCCACCUGGCCCUAUUCACCGGCAGCCGUCACUUCGCGCCAGCACCAGAAAAAGAGAGCGAAAGGAGAUGGAGGGGGAAACUGCGUCGUUAGGACGCCCAAAGCCGCUGCCCACAGACACUGCUGUGGAGAGAGAAGAGGAAGAAGAAGAGGAUGUUGUCGUGGGUACAGGGGAAACAUUGAAUAUAUCGCCUAAUAUAAAGCCUGCCGCAAGUGAUGAAAAAACAUCCACAAUGGAUUUUUUAUUUCAUGUCCGACCGCCGGUAACAGCUACGUCUUCGACUUCUGCGAAGAAGAGGACGACGACGACGCACCUGUUUGUUCGCAUGAUCUCCGAGUCCGUGCAGAAUGAGGAAACAAUGAAUCGGUAUUUUGGCCGCUACGGACAAGUAUCAUGCACGCUGCUACAGCAACGGCAGCAACCAAAGCAGAAACAAAGCACUGUAGAUAUGGGUCACAAGGAAGCCACAACGAUUGUUAUGCAGGAUUUUAUUGUUUCAGUUGACUCCACAGACAAUGCUAUGAAGGCUGUACGCAGUGCGUACUACCCCGAGUUGGCGUUUAUAGCGUUUCACGACCCUGCCUUUGACACAUACACCUUGGCGGAUGUGGAUCGUGUGCUGCACGAUGUGCCUGUAGAGAUUAUCGGAGGUCCAUCUCCCGACGCUGCCACCGAGGCGGAGGCUGAAAGGGAUGGCACGAAUGCGUUGCCUCUUGACACAUUUGUGCCGGAUGUUGUGGUGGAUGGUCUACCGUACUGGCUCACAGUGGACCAGCUGCAUGUUUCCAUCUCGGAGUAUGGGCAUGUAGAAGACGUGCGCAUCGCCAUCGAUGAUCGAAGCGGUUCCUUCAUGGGAACGGCACUUCUGCGUAUGUCCUCUGUGGAGGAAGCCAUUGCAGCAUCAGAGGGCCUCAACGGAGCUGUGCUGAAGGAACACACACUCGUAAGUGGUGUGCUGGAUGACCGUCUGAAUAUAGUAUCGCUGCGCCAAGGCACCAUCAUUCGUCAGGCGGACGAACAGCUAGCGGCGGACUACGAUAUCAGUGAUAACCACCGAAGGUGGGUGUGA